AUGUCCUUCAAAAGCUUCAAGUAUGGAACGAAUCGUUCCAGUAUUCGUGGUUUCCUUGCAGCCGUCUUCCGUCCUUUCAUGAGUUCUCCUUCUGAUGCCCCCGGCGUGUUCACGUCAGGCGACAGUAAGAAUGACGUAGGCCAAUGGCAGAUGCUCCUCCUCGGCAACGAGCUUUCUUCACAAUGCCAGCUUGAACGCGUCGUUUACUGCAAAUGCACCAGCGGCAAAGAACACGAAUUUUUGCUCCUCCAUUUUCGCCAUCCUACACAACAGCACGCCGUCGCGAUCUUGGUUCUAGACCGAACGCCAUGCAUAAAUUCUACAGAGAACAACAAUGGCUCGUCAAGACGUAUGCAGUCGUCAUACAUAGUCUCUCCAUCAGUUUCUCCGACCCCUGCUCGCGAUUCCAUCUUCACUACCCCAAACAACGGUUCUGCCAUCGAAUCCUAUCUAUCCAGAACAUAUGACCCGUUCAAGAAGCUUUGUUACCUCGACUUCCCCGCCUCCGCUCGUCCUUCGGCAAUUCAAGUAUCCGUGCUCUUGUCCGCUCUCAGUAAGCAUUCUCCGUCAUACCACCUGUACCAAUACCAGUGUUACUGGUAUGCACAUACCGUCUGGGAGGCCCUCAAAAGGCUCUUCCCAGAUUGCCACGAGAUAACGGAGAGCGGCGGGCGCUCUCGUUAUCUUGGGAUCAAGAUAGAGAAGGCAGACAGCGUGGAGGUGGUGUGUGAGCAGUAUCACACCCAGUGGGCGCGCAUCGAGAAUGCGGCAGAAGAGAGGAGGAGAGCAAAGGAAGAUGAAGUACGGCAGCUGCGGAUGGAAGAACGGGCUCGAUGUCAAGCGGAGAUUGACCAGGCGACGAGGAAAGCAAACGAAGCGACGAAGCAAAAGGAGGAAGCGGUGAGGAGAGCGGAGAUGGCGGAGAGGAUGAUAGAAGAAGCGAAGAGGAAAGCAGAGGAGGCGGAACGGAAAGCAGAGGAGGUUAGGGCUGAGUGGCAAGCAGAAAUGGACCGAAUGCGAGCCCAGCUCGAGCGCCAGGCAGUGUGA